UUGUUCCCUGUGCUUCCCUCAUACUAGGCCCUCAUCCUGUUUAUCUAAACUUGUUCGUAUUGUAAGAUACGCUUGUGACACUUUGGACAUAAAAAUGAGAAUUUCAUUUUGUAAAGUUUUCUUUUUGAGUUACCUACUGACAUAUGCAAAGUCAGAGGAACUGCACUGUUCAAAAUAUGAUUUUGAAGAGAAAGUGUUAGAGAAAAUGGUUCGCAUAGAAUUUCAAAUGGAGAGAAUGAAAUCUGAAAUGGAACAAACAGUGAAAAGUGUUGAUCGUAAACUGAAUGAAAUGGAUGAAAAAGAGGCAAAACUUUCGUAUACCAUUAAAACAACACAGGAAGUGUUAAGUGAGAAAAUGGAAGCACUACAAAACAAAACCGUGGAAAGUGUUGACCUGAAACUGAAUGAAAUGGAUGAAAAAGAGGCAAAAAGUUCGAAUACAAUUAAAACAACGCAGGAAAAGUUAAGUGAGAAAAUUGAAGCACUACAAAACAAAACGACAGAGGUAAUUGACACAAAAUUAAAGGAACUGCAAAUUCUUAAAGAUCAGAUUGUGACACCAACUGUGGCAUUCAAGGCAAGACUAGAUACUAACACUGCCGCUCCUGUAGGUCAAAUUAUAGUGUUUCCUGUAGUACUCUUCAAUAAAGGAGACGCCUACAGCACUCAGACUGGAAAAUUUACGGCCACAACAAAUGGAACAUAUCUUUUUACUGUAGCACUUUGUGUGCAUAAUAUGAAAUAUUUGCAUGUUGAUAUAAUGGUUGAUGGUGUAGCAUACACUAGGACAUACAUUCAUGACAACGAUUAUGUCGACUGUCACACAACUGACACUGUCGCUGUGUUAAAAGCUGGACAGAACGUGUGGGUUCAGCCGUCUGGUAGUGCCUCUGGUUCUAUAAUUCGCCAUUCUUCAUUCGCAUGGAACACAUUUUCCGGAGUUUUGCUCCAUAAAUAAAUACAUUAUUUACUGCUUAUGAUUUUACACUUGUUGUUAUAUAAUUAUGAAAUAUUAUCAAACAAGUUGAUGAAAAAUAAUUCUGUGGAUAGCUUUUAAACCUUUUUUUAUUCAUGAACUUGUUUAAAGACAUUUGAUAUUACUUACUUGUUAUAAUUAUGUAAAUACAAUGUUACAAUGUUUCAUCAUGUGUUAUCUCACUAAUGGUAAAUAAAGGAUCAGGUUAAUUAACAUAAUUGUUCUCUACAUGAAGAUAUAUUUGGACAAGUUUUCAUGUAGCCAGAUAAACUAUGAACACACAACGGUUCCAAACCAGAACUUAAAUGACAACAGUAUAAUUAUGCAACUCGGAUUUUAUUUGCAGGUGAAUAUUUCCGUGAAAGUAUCGAUUCGAACACAAAAGCAAAUCCUUUUUGUUUGAUAUGUUUGUUUUUUUUAACAAAGAUAAAGGUCAUAUUUAGAAUAUAACAUUUUGUUUUAUAUGUUUUGUUUUU